UCGAAUUCUGCGCGCGAUCCACUCCAGUAGAGCGUGUAAUUGGGCCCUAUAUAUUAACAAGUCUCCGAUUUUUUAUUAAAAUCACCGAUCUUAAGAAACCGACUAUUUUUAAUACAGGCCUCAAAUAUAUUGGGCCCAAAUAAUUCUAACUAAAGCAAAACCCAAUAAAGAUCUAUCUCAAACACAAAAUCUAGCCAAAAUAAUCACGAAUUUUCUAAGUGCGCCAGAUAACCAUUAACUGAAGUGGGGUUGGUCUUCAUAAGACAAAUUUUAUGUUCGGUAGAUUCGUGAGAGAAGUGGUUUCCCUCUCGCGACAACAACAAACGGUCAGAAUCCCCAAACAAGGGUUUAAGCAAAAACCCUCCAAGUUCAUAACCAAAUGCCCAUUCCCAAUCCGUAUCAGCUUCUUCAGCUACUUCCUCAACAAAAGUCGAAUCCUUUCGAGCAACCCAGUUAAGCUCUCUAUUCAUCUUCUUUGCUUCUCUUCUUCCGUUUCAGUUUCUCCGAAGCCAUCCAUGGAAACCGAGCAGCAACACACGGAGAAUCCAUCAGCGGCUCCCAUAUCAGAAAAGAUGUUCGAAUCGGCUCCCAAGAUGGGUUCUUACAAGCUGGGUGAUUCCACUUUGUCUUCAAUGAUUGAGAAUUAUGCCAAUUCGGGUGAUUUCGCAUCGGUAGAGAAGCUUUUGAGCCGAAUUAGACUAGAGAACAGAAUGAUUAGAGAGCAUAGUUUCAUCGUUCUAUUUAGGGCUUAUGGGAAAGCACAUUUACCUGAGAAAACUAUUGAAUUGUUUCAUAGGAUGGUUGAUGAGUUUCAGUGUAAACGUACUAUUAAGUCCUUUAACUCUGUGCUGAAUGUGAUUAUAAACGAGGGUCGUUAUCAUCGAGGAUUGGAGUUUUAUGAUUAUGUUGUGAAUUCGAACAUGAACAUUGCUCCAAACGGGUUGAGUUUUAACCUGGUCAUCAAGGCUAUGUGCAAGUUGGGAUUUGUGGAUCGAGCUAUUGAGGUUUUCAGGGUAAUGCCUGAAAAAAAGUGUGUGCCUGAUGGGUAUACAUAUUGUACGUUGAUGGAUGGGUUGUGUAAGGAAGAGAGGAUCGAUGAAGCAGUUUUACUGUUGGACGAGAUGCAGAGCGAGGGUUGCUCACCGAGUUCGGUUACAUAUAAUGUGUUGAUUGAUGGGUUAUGCAAGAAAGGGGAUUUGACGCGGGUGACAAAGCUUGUGGAUAAUAUGUUUCUCAAGGGAUGUGUUCCUAAUAAGGUGACUUAUAAUACGCUUAUUCAUGGUCUAUGUCUCAAGGGUAAGUUGGAUAAAGCUGUUAGCCUUUUAGAGCGGAUGGUGUCGAGCAAAUGCAUCCCAAAUGAUGUCACAUACGGAACUCUCAUUAAUGGGUUGGUUAAGCAAAGACGAGCAAUGGAUGGGGCUGGGUUACUGAUCUCUAUGGAAGAAAGAGGGUAUCGUUUGAAUCAGCAUGUUUAUUCGAUCCUUAUAAGUGGGUUGUUCAAAGAGGGAAAAGUUGAGGAAGCUAUGUCUUUGUGGAAGAAAAUGGGGGAGAAAGGUUGCCAGCCCAAUAUUGUUGUGUACAGUGCUCUUGUUGAUGGUUUAUGCCGCCAAGGAAAAACAAAAGAAGCUAAAGAAAUAUUUGAUAUAAUGAUAAGUAAUGGCUGCUUGCCUAAUGUGUAUACGUAUAGUUCUUUGAUGAAAGGAUUCUUCAAAACUGGUCUUAGUGAAGAAGCGAUUCAAGUGUGGAGAGAGAUGGAUAAUACCGAAUGCUCUCGAAAUAAGGUUUGUUAUAGUGUUCUAAUUGAUGGUCUUUGCGGUGUUGGGAGGGUUAAGGAGGCUAUGAUGGUUUGGUCAAAAAUGCUCAUUAUCGGGAUCAAACCUGAUACGGUAGCGUAUAGUUCAAUGAUUAAAGGUUUUUGUGGUAUUGGCUCAAUGGAUGCGGCAAUAAGACUUUACCAUGAAAUGCUAUGCCAAGAGGAUCACAAGUCACAACCUGAUGUUGUUACUUAUAAUAUAAUUAUUGAUGGUUUUUGUAUGCAGAAGGAUAUCUCUAGAGCAGUUGAUCUCUUGAACUGUAUGUUGGAUAGAGGUUGUGAUCCCGAUGCCAUUACAUGUGACACAUUUUUGAAAACUUUGAGCAAGAAAUCAGAUUCUUGUGAAGAAGGGAAAAGUUUUCUAGAGGAGCUUGUUGUGAGGCUCUUAAAGCGUCAGAGAGUAUCAGGUGCAUGUAAGAUUGUGGAAGUAAUGCUGAGUAAGUAUCUAACACCAAAAGCUUCCACUUGGGCGAUGAUUGUUCCAGAGAUCUGUAAACCGAAGAAGAUCAAUGUUGCCAUUGAUAAAUGCUGGAGGAACAUGUGUACUUGAAUAUUACUGAGCAUUCUUUGUUGCAGAUUGCACAAAAGCUUCUAUGUUUGGAACUCUUUCGCUUCUAGGGGUAUGGAAUACCAAAAAGGCUCGAGACAAACAGGUAGAUAGAUCAUUUGUAUUUGCAAUCUGACUUUGUUGAAUAUGUUACUAAACUCCCUUGUUUUUUGCUUUUGAAUCCUCAUUUUUCUAGUACAGUAUUUUAUGUUUCAGACAUGAUUGAUGCGAGAUCUUUGUUAUGUUCUGCCUUCGUCUGA